GUCAAACCCCAGAGCGGCAAAUCUUUGCAAAUCAGGGAGACGAGAGGAAGCCUGAAGGAAAGCCACGCGGGUCCCGCGGAGCAAUCCCGGCCAAGGCCUUAUCUGCAACAUUUGCCGGACCUUCAAAGCGAUAGAUCUCCCCCCUCUCUCGUCGUAGGGUUGCCAGCCUCCAGCCAGAGAUGAGCACCCCCGGGGGGGCUGUGACCAACCGUGGACGGCGCUUCAAAUGGGCCAUUGAGCUGAGCGGCCCGGGCAGCGGCAGCAGGGGCCGGAGCGACCGGGGCGGUGGGCAAGGGGAUACCAUGUAUCCCGUCGGCUACUCAGACAAGCAGGUGCCGGACACGAGCGUGCAAGAGACAGACCGUAUCCUGGUGGAAAAGCGCUGCUGGGACAUCGCCCUGGGCCCCUUGAAGCAGAUCCCCAUGAAUUUGUUCAUCAUGUACAUGGCCGGCAACACAAUCUCCAUCUUCCCCACCAUGAUGGUCUGCAUGAUGGCGUGGAGGCCCAUCCAAGCACUCAUGUCCAUCUCGGCCACCUUCAAGCUCCUGGAGAGCUCGAGCCAGAAGUUCCUGCAGGGCCUGGUGUAUCUAAUCGGCAACCUUCUUGGGUUGGCCUUGGCGGUGUACAAAUGCCAGUCGAUGGGGCUGCUGCCAACUCACGCCUCCGACUGGCUGGCUUUCAUCGAGCCCCCCGAGCGCAUGGAAUUCACUGGUGGGGGUCUAGUGUUAUGACCCUAACAGGUCCAUGAAGCCAUCUGCUGCUGUAGGUGUCUGGAUCACCACCACCGAGUACCGUUCUCCUUUCAACGCACUGAUAGUGCUCACCAGCUCUGUUGAAGACCAGUUGUACAGACGGUUGCAGACACGAAAGACUUGUUUUUGCCUACGAGGGGGGUGGGGUGUCAUCCGGCUGUUCAUAUCCUCCUCUCCCCCAAGCUGCACUGCUGCUCCCUUUGCCUGCCUCUUUUGUUGCAAUCAGAAUAAAGAUUUCAAUGGAUUGGGAA